UUAUAUAAACGAUACAAAAUAAGUGCUUAUAACUUAUAAACUCAUAAGUUGGCUUAUAAUGAUUAGCCAAACAUUACCUGAGCAAAUUAAUUCUUUGGUUCGGUUGUUCCAAGCCUAUUUACCAAACCUGCACAGCUAUAUUACCCAUAUACAACCCACAGACAUCUCCUGCAUCUUCACUCUCAUCCUAUAUCCGUUCAGUACCACGGAAACCCUUCACCUUUAGUGAUCUCUGAGCAAAUUAGUGAUUUCCGUCGCCGUCUCAUCCUCUCCUCCAUCACUAUCCUUCAAUCAACCCCACCAAACACUUACCAAGCCAUGCAAUUCCCGCACUCUUUCCUCAUUUUCUUCAUCUAGGACUUCUGUCGAACACAUUGACUGCAAUGCUCAAGUGGAUGAAAUAUGGGAUUUUCCCAACUCUGGUGACAAGGAUAUGCUCAAUUUUGAUUCGGGAAUCGGUUUGGCUUAGAUGAACAAGCGGGGUUCGAGUUCGGGGUCUUUGUUGGUUGAAGUUAUGGAAUUGGAGGAACUUCCUGAACAGUGGAGGAGAUCGAAGCUGGCUUGGUUGUGUAAAAAGCUUCCCACGCAUAAGCAAGGUGUGCUAAUUCGGGAGUAGGCUAGGGAACAAGAUGCUACUUAUCUUGCUGUUCAUUGUUUGCGGAUACGGGAGAAUGAGACUGCCUUUAGGGCCAUUAUGGUUACCUACACUCCUUGUCGGGGAUGGCUGUUUAGGUGGCAUUCCAUCAACCAUUUCAGCUUAUGAGAGUUUAAAGCUUCGAGGUUACGAUGAUGUUGUGUAGUUCUUGAAGAUCAAGGUCUUGUAAAUGACGUGCCACUGUUAUCUUAUCUGCGAAACAGGAUCUGAUGAUAGUCAUUUUUUGUCACUUUCAAGGGUCCCUGUUCUUGUCCUUUCAUCAAUUCCAGCAGAUAUGUCAGACAACCUAAUGGCAUGGUAUGACGAAUCCUACAGCGUUUUUGGUUCCCUAAAGGAAGUAAUGCUGUCGUCGUAUUCUGAAAGAAUGCAGAGAUUACAUGAUAUGCCAAAGAAAGCAGUUGAAUUUUUUUGGUGGCUAUUCACUCCGCACAAACUUGUACCUGAAGAGAUUGUAAUAAUAACAGAUUGUCGUUGUGAUGAGAACUUUUCAGUUCACAAGGGUAAAUAUCAAGAUGUUAUGAUACAACAAUUUGAUGCUUGUGCAAGUUGGUGGACGCAAGGACCCGAUGCUGCCUUACAGAUUGAGAUGGCAAGAGAUAUGGCUUAUACCGCUGCAAGAUUUGGGCAUUUAAUGUUUCCUACGAAUGUAUGCGAGCCUAUUCUGAAAUGUGCAAGCUCUUUCUUGAAGGUGUCGGAGAAGUUUGCAGGAGUGAUCCUGGGCAUUGCUUUUCUGCAGUUUCUUCGUGGUCGAAUGAGUUUUUUGACAAGUCGAGGUCAGAUGAUUACCCUUUUGUGUUCAUGCUGGCUGUUUCUGGGUAUUUGUUGGCAAUGUUGGCGGAUUGAGUGUGUGUUUAUGUGUACAGGCAGCGAAAAUGUAGAGAGACUGUUGCACAGGAAAGAAAAUCUAGCAUAAACAUAGCCAGCAGUAGGACUGGGACCUCACGAUCACGCAUUCAUUAUGUAAACUAAAGUAUAUAUAUAGAAAGUGCAGUUCAGUCACUCCCAAGCUUCAGCUUCCAAGGCAUUAGAUUUAUUAGAAAAUGAGAAGUGAGAUCAGGAGCUUGACAUUGCGCUGCCCACUGAUCGAUCCUCGUAGUAAAGAAAAUGCUAUUUUAGAGUUUUAGGAAAGUUUAUAAAAAAGUGCAUGCAUGAAGUCCCAGAGUAUCUCCAAGAGAAUAACUAUAUAUAAUUUUCUAAAUUAGUAAUAUUUUUUUGUUGCAUUGUA